AUGAAUCGUUCACCGAAUAAAGCAGUAUCAGACUCCGAUAUCUCCAAACUACCAAGAACCCCUUCUUCGCUUGCGGUUUCAAGACAAAAAAGACAUCACGAUGAACUCACAAGAGAUGAAGGAAGAUCGUUCAAGGAAGAAGUUAUGCAAAUGCUGAAGUCAUGGAAAGCUGAACGUGACAACAAACUAACAUGGAAAAUAGUCUUACAAAUAUCAAGAAGAUAA